AUGUCAUUAAGUAGCGAUAAUAUUGUAUUAGUAACUGCUGGUUAUGAUCGAACGAUACGCUUUUGGCAUGCUAAUACUGCAGUUGUCUAUCGAACAAUCAUGCAUGAAGAUUCACCAACGAAUUGUUUAGCGAUACAUCCACAGAAAACUUUAUUAGCCGCCGGUAGUUAUCAACAUAUAAAGAUGUAUGAUUUAAUGUCGAACAAUCCAAAUCCAGUAAUGAAACUUGAUCAAUUACAGAAAAAUAUAGUCACAUUAGGAUUCAGUGAUGAUAAACAUUUUAUGUUUUCCGGUGGUGAAGAUCAUUGUGUAAGAAUUUGGGAUAUGAGAGCAGCAAAAACUAAAGCUCAUCGACAAAUGUCUUUUCCUGCUGCUGUUAAUUGUGUUACACUUCAUCCGAAUCAGACAGAACUGUUAGUCGGUGAUCAAGAUGGAACAAUCUUCCGUUGGGAUUUGACCAAUGAAAAAAUCGACACAUGGCAAAAAUGUGAGAGAUAUAUUAUUGAUGCAAAUAAUCCAAGUGCAAUUCGGUCGGCUUCAAUUAAUCGCGAUGCUUCCAUGAUGGCUGCUGUUACGAGUAAUGGUGAUUGUCAAAUAUGGUCAAUGACUGGAUUUUCUCCACAAAUGCGUGUUAUUCCUCGUAAGAAUUUUCCUGCACACAACCGUUAUGGAUUAAAAUGUCUAUUUUCACCUGAUAUGACUUUACUAGCGACUACAUCAGCUGAUGGAACAGCAAAAAUUUGGCGUACUUCAGAUCUUGCUUGUCUAUAUGAAUUAAAACAUGAUCGAUUACAAAAUUGGGUGUGGGAUUGUGCGUUUACAUCGGAUUCUGUCUUUCUUCUAACAGUAUGUUCGGAUGGUAAAGCUCGUCUAUGGUCGACUGAGACUGGUAAUGUUGCAAAAGAAUAUAUUGGCCAUCAGAAACCGGUCACUUGUCUUGCUUUCGAUGAUCGAACUUUUCGAUAA